AUGGGUGAAUUGAGUGAAUUCCAGAAAAGAAGGCUUGAAAAUAUCAGGAGGAAUAAUGAUUUGUUAAAGAAGCUUAAUUUGAAUGGCGCAUCCCGGGAACUUAGGAGGGAGGCCAAUGUCAGAGACGAGCGCAAACACAAGAAGCUUCCUGCAAAGAAGAAAGUAAUCAAAUCGGAGCCCAAGCCACAGAGACUACCCACCCGUCGAUCUCGUAGACUUAGAGGUGAAGCAGCAGAGGGGGAAGGAGUUCCCAAUGUCAAUGACAGCCAGUUAAUGAAAAGAGACAGCCCUGAAGUCGAUUUAGAACAGAUCAAGGAUACACCAAUAGCUGGCGAUAUUAAAUUGAGUGACAUCAUUAAAUCAGAGGACAAAGAUGAACUGCUUACAAAAUUUCAAAAGUUCAGUAACCAAAAAUUCUCUUCGGGGGACUUUUUCAAAGAGUUGCAAAAGCAUAAGCGUGCGUCACCAGAAAUUGAGCAGCUCCAGGAGGACUUCGAUCUGCAACUGUAUGAGAUAUUCGAGCCUAAUGAAAUAAAAAUUGUUCAAGACCGUGUGACUGCCAUGUUUUUUCAUCCGCAGAAGGAUAAGAAAUUAAUUAUUGCCGGUGACACUUCAGGAAACGUGGGAUUAUGGAAUGUACUUGACAAGGACCCAGAGGACGACCUCGCAGAACCGGAUAUCACCAAAUUCAAGCUGUUUACUAAAAAUGUCGGUCGCAUUGAUUGUUUUCCCACAGACUCGAGUAAGAUUUUGACAGCUUCCUACGAUGGUAUCAUUCGCUCUAUUCACCUUGGAAACCUUCAAAGCGAAGAAAUAUUGAAAUUGAGGAAUGAAUAUGAUGACUAUCUAGGUAUCAGUGACUGUCAGUUUAGCUAUGAGAAUCCCAAUCACUUAUAUAUCUCAACGCUCAGUGGAGAGUUUACGAUCCUUGAUACCAGGGCGAAACCGUCCUCGAUAUCUCUCCAUAGGCUUGCAGAUAAGAAAAUCGGCUCUUUCAGUAUCAACCCACAAAAACCGUACGAAAUUGCGACAGGUUCUCUGGAUCGAACGUUGAAAAUUUGGGACCUACGGAAUACUGUUAAAAACCCUGAGUGGUCCCAAUACGAGGACUAUCCUAGUCAUGAAAUUGUCUCAACUUAUAGCUCACGAUUAAGUGUAUCGGCAGUAUCGUACUCUCCGAUGGAUAACACCUUGGUGUGUAAUGGAUACGAUGAUACUAUCAGGCUAUUCGACGUUGGCGGCGAGUUGUCAGAAAACCUAGAACCAAAGCUUACCUUGAAACAUAAUUGUCAGACGGGAAGAUGGACAAGUAUUUUGAAAGCACGAUUCAAGCCAAAUAUGGAUGUAUUUGCGAUAGCAAAUAUGAGCAGAGCCAUAGAUAUAUACAGUAGCGCGGGUCAGCAGCUCGCACAUUUGAAAACUGCGACAGUUCCAGCUGUCGUUGGGUGGCAUCCUCUCCGGAACUGGAUUGCUGGAGGAAACUCAAGCGGUAAAGUAUUCCUCUUCACAGAUGAGAAUAAGUAA